UGUGUAAGUUUGGAGGCCGCUGAUUGGCUAGAUCGGCAUCGGAAGGCGGGAAAACAAAAUGGCGGCGGUGGGCGGGGCUACAUUCUGCCGCUAAUAGCGCCGUACAACGAGGCAAGUGUGACUGUUUGUAACUUCCUGUUUGGACCGGACACAAUCUGUGCACCUGAAGCGAAGACAUCUGUGGUGUGAAGCUGUUGGAAACAACUAUUAAAUGAAAGCAGACACAGAGGAUGGCUGAAGGUGUGAGGCGAAGGAGAAAGCUGAAGCCCGUGGAGGAGGCCAUACAGUUUUCACUUGAACAGAAAGACAAGAAUGGACUCGAGGGCAGGUUCAUCAGUCAUCUUAAAGGGAGGGGUGUGUUCAGCUGUACUGACUUUGAGAAAGGAGAUUUCCUGCUGGAAUACAGAGGAGACCUCAUCAGCAAAGAAGAAUGUGAGCGGAGGCAAAGAAUAUAUCACGAUGCACUUAAAGUUUUCAUGUUUGAGUUUCGCUACAAUGGAAAACUCCUCUGUGUCGAUGCAGCCCGAGAUGACGGUUCUCUUGGGCGGCUUGUAAACGAUGACCAUAUUAACCCAAACAGCAGGAUGAAGACGAUUCGUGUGGAUGGAAAACCUCACUUAUGUUUAUUUGCCACAAGGAGCAUCUGUCCUGGUGAAGAGAUCACAUAUGAUUAUGGUGAUUCUGAGUGGCCAUGGAGAUGCACGACUCUUAGUGUGGUUGAACCGUCCACUCUUGAAGUCAACACACUGUCCGAGUCAGAAGACACAGACGUAGAGAAGCUGAAAGUUGUCAGUGAUCAGUCAGAGUUGGACUCCAGUAUCUGUGCAGCCUCUGAAGGACUGGAAAAGGUGACUCUGAAGAAGGACCAGUUACUAUUGGAUGAUCAGGACUGUGUUGAGAAGAUGUCACCUGUCAAAGAGCAUGUGUUGAAUGAGGAGCAGAGCUUUUGUGCCCCAGUUGAAGGAGUUAAGGAGGUCUGCAGACAUGUUGUGGUCACUUCAGCAAUAUCAAGCAUGGAUAAAUGUGCUGAAUGUGUGGGACCUGUUGCAGCUCUCAAGUGGAUUGGCCUGAGAUGUAAAUUGUGCUCCAGUUUUUGGCAUAAGUCCUGCUAUCUGAAGCUUCAUGAAUGGGAUGGAAGACGGUCAUCGUGUAUGAGAUCAACAUGACGGAUUCUGAUGACAGUGAUCCUGAAGAAAGUGAAUCUGAUGAUGAGGCUCUUGCUGGAGCUGCGGGAAACUCCAGUAAUGCUGGUAUGUGUCAGCUAAGUUUUUUUUAUUUUUAAAUCAUCAAAGUCAAAAAUUAUAUUGGGUAACACUUUAUUUUAGGGUCUCUAAACUACAGUGGUUUGAAAGUGUUGGCCCCCUUCCUGAUUUCUUAUUUUUUUGCAUGUUUGUCACACUAAUGUUUCAGAUUA